UCAUGAACUCUCUAACAUAUGAAUCUUCAGACAGAGAAGAUGGCAUACUGGUCUUGUGGAUAAUCCAGGGAGAGAGAAAAAUAGUACAUCAGAAAAGCUACAGGAUUUGACUUCCUUGGAAAAUAUUAUGGCUAACCUGCUUGAGAAGUUCUUCAUUUUCCUUCUCUUCAGUACUCUGCUCAGUAUUCUUCUUCUUCAGAUAUUCCCAAGCGGCAAGACAGAAAUAACAGAUCCUGAAGAAGAUUGGCUGAAAAGGCAGCAUGGCCGUAGAGACACCUUGAAUUCCACCUGCUUGAACAAGACUUCCUCAAGGUCAGCAUCUUGGCAACUAGACGAUGUAGUUGUGAAGCAGCUCUUUGUGGAGGAGAGUCAUAAGUUUAUCUACUGCGAAGUGCCAAAAGUCGGUUGCUCCAACUGGAAAAAAAUCCUCGUUUUCCUCACUCUCAACAUGAGCAGGGAUUCUUUGGAAAUCAACCAUAGCAUGAUCCACAGAACAAAUAUUAUAAGGAGGUUGAAUUCUUAUCCUUCUGAAAAGCAAGCAGAACUUCUGAACACCUACACAAAAGUGAUGUUCAGCAGACAUCCUUUCGAAAGACUGGUUUCUGCUUAUAGAGACAAGCUGCUGCACUCUGAGCCCUAUUAUAGUACCACAGUGGCAAAUGAGAUCAAGGCGUUCGCCAAGAAGGAUCAAAAUACCAAUGAAAAAGUGACCUUCCAAGAUUUUGUAAAUUAUAUCCUAUCAAGAAAUCCCAAGGUUUUGGACAUACACUGGAAGCCAAUGCAUUUGCUCUGUGAUCCCUGUCACAUUCAAUAUGACAUUGUGGGGAAGUACGAAACACUGGCUCAAGAUGCUGACCACAUUCUAAGAAGAAUUGGAGCCCCAAGGGGUCUGCAGUAUUCAAACAGCAAGGUACACAGCACAGAGAAACGGACUGACAAGAAUAUCACCCUGAAUUACCUCAGGGAACUAAAUCAAGACCAAAUGCAGAAGCUCAAAGACCUUUACCAGAUAGAUGCAUCUUUAUUUAGCUAUUCUUUAACAUUAGAGCCAGAAACACAGCAUUAAGGUUCCAUCAUAUUGCCUAUGAUGUUUGU